ACUCUCUUUAUGAUAGUAGAAGAGAAAGGAGACUUUCCAACUCACUUGUAUCCUUAAUUUGUCGAGACUUAAAGUCUUUGUUUCCCUACUCAAUCUUCUCUGUUACGUCUAUUGCGUAUUUUUCUAGUAAGGCACCGCGAGUGCAUGCGCGUUGUUGUCUACUGUUCUGAUUACUUCUGGGUACUCUCUUCUUUUAGAUAGCACCAAUUAUUUUGCUCUCAUACUAAUACUUCCUGCAUGUACUAAGGUUAUAGUUGUUAUUUUGACAGACAGAUACUCUACAAAAUGAAUGUCUUCUCAGUACUAUUGACAGUAUGUCUAGUGGAACUAUGUCACUGCGGAGAUGACGCCACUGCUACAAAAGAAGCAUUAAAGGGAGCAGUAGGCGGCCAACAGAAUUCUCCUAACUCUGUUGAAGAAUCCAAACAGGUGGUUCCACCAUCUCAACCUACUCCAGAAGAGUCUGCACCUCUGAGUGCACGUGCUAAAAAGGUUGGACCACUCUUUGAUGUAAAAGAAUCUGGUGAUAAUGGUGUGUUUUAUUUGACCUGUACACCAAAGAAGGACAAGAAUCCUAAAAGGCUUGUUUACGAAGGCGUGAUUGUAUGGGACGGAAAGAGAAAAGCACAGUUCUUGUCAGCCCUAAUCUACUUUAAUGGAGAUCAACCAUAUCUUGUAACACUGCACUGUAGGGAAAAUAGAAAGGACUAUACCCUCUUCCUCCAUUAUAACGGUGAUAACUGGGAACAUAACAGGAGAGAAUAUGGGAGGAAGCUUAACAUGCUAAAGGGAAUCGUUCCUGUCGUCCAACCAGCAAGACAGGUUAAUACUAUUCCCAUCACUCUUGACCUUUCCAGUCUGAAUGAAUCAGAGAUAGAGAUUGCUACAAGGGAAGAUAGGGGAGUAUCACAUACUACAUAUUCUCCAAAGGAAGGUGUCCUCAUAACCUCUGUUGUUGAAGGUGGAGCUCAACUUUGGGCUACUCCUGAGGGUGAAAAGCUUUUAUUCGCGAGAGUAUCGACAAAGGGAGAAUCUUCACUGCUUUUUAUUUCCGCUAAAAUUUGUGGAAGGGUCAGUAAAAGGUACUUUGAAAAGCUUGGUGGACAAUGGAAGAAGAUUACCGAGGGAAACUAUGACAAGAAACUAGAUGACCUAAAGAACGAGCCGAUUGAGAAACAUGCCGAAGAGAAUGGUCAGUCUAAUGAUACUUCUGAAGACUCUCCUGGUGAGGAAUCUCCAGAAACUGAAUCAGCUGAUCUCACUUCAGAGUCUGAAGAUUCUGAAUAGUGACUCCUAACGGAUACUCUGAGUACACAAUUCAGUACCAUAAUUCGG